CCUUUUUACCUGUGAUCAAAUACAUUUGAUACGUCAGCUAAGCUUACGCACUGCGGCUUCAAAAGCUCUAUUGAUCGUCAUCUAAAGCAACCAUUGACGCUAUACAACUCCAAAUAAUACGUACAAAGCACAAAAGUAGUACCAAUUCUUCAUUUGGUACAAAAAUAGAAAUUUUUAUUCUACCUUUGGCUUAAUUUUUGCUAAUGAGAAGCAUAUUGAGAAUCUGAACUCAGUUUAUUUGAACAUCUAUUAAAGGCGGUUAAGUUUGAACUCCGAUGUUUGUUGUCUAAAUAUCAUCGACAUAUUUGUCAGUUUUGUCUGUCUAACGGUAACAAUAGUGUUAAAUCAUCGGUCAAAGUCUUUAUUCCAUAACCUUGUUCAUAUGCUUCAGAUGAUGUGAAAUAUCCAAAAAGUUGUUUUACAGUUCAAGUUUAUAAUCAUCUUUUCGUUUUGACCAUUUGACAAAAAAUAGUUUCUCUUCUAUAUUUUAUUUUCCAUUUUACUGACAAAAAUGUUCGUCAACCAAUUAUUUGAAAUUUAUUGAGUCAUCUGGCUUAAAAGUUUAAUCUUUUUCUAUCUCGCGUUUUCCGAAAAUGGACAGCGAGUUGUCUCGGUCCGAGGUUUGGUUCUCACAACUGGUCAGACGAGUCAAACUAGACGAUCAGAUGUCUCAGUUCGGGUUUCUGACUCGCGAGGACUCCCGACUCCUCCGAAUGUUUCUGCACAAGGAAGACUUCGACGUUGAAAAGGCACUCGACAGCCUGCGGAACUACUUAGAUGUUAGAGUUCAGUGCCAAAAGGUGUUCAAUCACUACAAAAUGGACAGUUUGAUCAAAGGAAUUGUUACAAAGACCGUGUUGAUACUGCCACAAAUGUCCAAGGCAGGUACAGUGUUGGUGUUUAAAGUGGGGGCCUGGAACCCUAAUGACUGUUCCAUCUACGAGAUUUCCGCCCUACUUACUCUACUUAUGGAAUCAGUUGGGCUGGAUGACUUAAGACGAAGCUGUGGAUACUCGGUCAUAUAUGAUCUCAAGGGAGUUUUCCUGAAACAAAUGCACGCUAUGCGCCCUGCUGUUAAAGUUCUCAAGACAAUCUCCCAGAGCUACCUGCCCUCUCAGUGCAAAUACCAGCUGAUUGCCAAUGCCAUGAUGCCAGCUAUGGUCACAGCCAUGAUGAACUUAGUCUCUUUUAGCAAAGACAUCAAAAAUGUACCCUACCCACGUUCUGGUGACAACCAAAAAACAGAUUUGGAAGAUAUAUUUGGUGCUGAUUUUGUACCCAAUUUACCAGUAGAGUAUGGAGGCUCUGAAACCUACGAUUGGUAUGAGAGUACACAGAAAAUGGUGCAAGAAAGUUUGACUGAGUUUGCUUAAAUUAGCAAUGACAAUUAUUUUAGUCGAACAAUUUAAUCAUAGUUUCGAAGAUUUUUGUUCCAAAUAAAGGGCAUAAAAAAGUUCAAAUUUGUUCUGGGCAACUUCGAUUAGCAAGAUUAUUGUAUUUGGGUACAAGACUUUUUCCC